UUACACAAUGUUUGUGAAACCAUACUGUACGGGCAAUCCAACCGUAUAAACAUCAUAUCAAAGUCUAAACCUAUGAAUGAUGUUUAUUGUUUAGAGAUAUUAAAUCGUUGAACAACGAUUAAAUCAUGAUUAAAAUACUUUGCAACAAAAAAAAAUGGUAGGGCAUAUAUGGGACCAGACAAUUAUCAAACGAUGGCCACACUGAUGGAGGGAAGCAAUGAUGGGUCUCUUUUUAUAUUGACCUUGGGGAGGGGAUGAGAGGUCCUUUGUAGAUAUUGAUGUAUCAUCAUUCUGACCUCCUCCUCAUUUUCUCUCUCUAUUGUCCACUUUUAUUUUCAAAACAAUACUCAAUAGCAAUAGUGCACUACUAUCUAAAUGAAGGAACUAGAGCAAGUUUUGGGGGGAUUGUGUACGGCAAUAUGACCCAAUUUAGGUAAUUUCUUCAUACAAUUAUUAAGAUCAUAUGGGUGUCCUUGCCAAUGUCAUUGUACCCCCCCUCAAUCGCAUUCUUAUGUUUGAUUCAACGGCCAGAAGGUUAGUUGAAGAAGUUUCUAAUUUGAUAUUUUAUGUUAGUCAAAGAAAGUUAUCAAUGCAUCCGACUUUGAUGCCCACUGAGCGUCUGUGAGAAUGUGCUCAGCGUUCCACAUUCGUUGGAUCAGGGAUACACUCUUUGCAACCAUCGAAGGCAUCAGACGAUAGUGAAGCGUCCGAUUUCGCGUAACGCCCUGACCACGUUCUCACAGACUCCAUAUUAGCACACAGUAACAAAAUUGCAAUUAAACGCAUAAGAAGCCGUCACAUAACUUUAGUUAAUGAGAACUUCAUAACAAAAUUCGUUUCAGCCAUUUUGCAUCUACAUCUACAUCGUCCCCCGCAGUGUAGUUUGUUUGAUGGUCAUGAAACGUGAGUUGUUUAGUCCAUUUUUUUAAAAAUUGGCUUUACAAACAUUCUACAACCAUGGCCAUGGACAACAAAAACCCAAAGCCCACACAACUUAUUAGAAACCCAAUUAAGGCAUAAACAAGGAGCACAACAAGAGUUAAUCAAAACCCGGCCUAAGCCGCACAAUGACCGCCGUUGGAAGCUUCUGGCAACGCUCCCUACCACCAACAAAAGCCAUGGGCGAUGGUCCAAACAACCACCAAGAGGAGAGAGUUGGAGCCAACCUAGCUACCCAGAUGGAGGGAAACAACGAAGGCAAAAGGAGCCGCCUACGACCAUUCCUCGUCGGACCAAACUCCAUCAGCUCCUCCUAUGUCAUAAAACUACAAGAGAGACUUCAGGUUGAAAGGGCGGCCGGUGAGGUGACAUAACCAAUGGAGGAAAUUUAUGUGUUCGAGAUCUUCAAGCCGAGUCCCAAUCAUGGCCAAACAUCUCCGAAACACCGAGAUUUGCAGGGUGAAACGAGGAGCUUGCUUGACGGCUAGGAGACACACUAAACUCAUAACAAAAUUCAGUCUCCUUUGCUAGCUACUUAGAUCGACUCGUCUCCAAAUAUGAUAUUAAUUAAUCAUUAAUAUAUAAAGUUUAGAUUUGAGUUACUAUUCAUUAGUGGCUCUCACACUCCUUCAAGUGUGAGUGUGGAAGUUCCAAAUCCUUCUUUUACUCUACUCUCUAUUCUAUAACCUUUGUGUUUAGUUAUUGUUUGCUAGGUUUUCGUCUAUGGUUUUUUGCACAAAUCAUCGCGUUUGUGUUUUGUUAUUGUUCAUUAGGUCUUCGUAUAUUGUUUUUUGCACAAUCAUCGGCUUUGUGUUUAGUUAUUGUUUGCUAGGUUUUCAUCUAUGGCUUUUUGCACAAAUCAUCGCCUUUGCCCACCAUUUUGCAACCGAUCUCGAAAUACUGUCGGCGGAAUCCUAAGUUGUUCCCCACAACCAUUUUCGAAGCCCGCUACCACGAUUUUUAUAUUGGGACCGAGUUUCAUCCUCUUUAGUGUUUUUUUCUUUAUUUAUUUCCUUUUUGUUGAGCAUGAUCACAAUUGAAUCCAAACACAUGUGUAUCUUAACUUGAACACAAAUUACUGCCUUAGCCCACCAUUUUGCAACCCAUCUCAAAAUACUAUCGACGGAAUCAUAAGUUGUUCCCCAUCAUCGUUUCCCAAGGCCUCUACCACGAGUUUUGUAUCUGGAUCGAGUUUCAUCAUCUUUAGUGUUUUGUUAUUGUUCGCUAGGUUUUCGUCUAUUGCUUUUUGCACAAAUCAUCGCAUUUGCCCACCAUUUUGCAGCUCAUCUCGAAAUACUGUCGGCGGAAUCCUUAGUUGUUCUCCACCAUCCUUUCCCAAUCCCGCUACCACAAGUUUUGUAUCAUGACCGAGUUUCAUCCUCUUUAGUGUUUUUUCUUUCUUUUUUUCCUUUUAUUGAGCACGAUCACAAUUGAACCCAGAUCCAUGGGUAUACAACCUAAUUCAGUCCAGUCAAAGCGACUUCAAACCAACUUUAGCAUUUAAAAAUUUCUUUUUCCUUUUUUCUUUUGGUUGGGAAGACAAUUGAAUCUGAAUCUAAGAUUUUGACGAGUGUUGUAUUGUGAGCGAGCUUUAUCCGCUUUUGUAGUUGGCAAGUUGGACCAAGUGUUAAUUUGUUAAAAAAUUAUUCAAUGCGAGUUGAACACGUUGUUGACCAGUUUUAGAUCGAAAGCGAGUUUUGUAUGCUUUAAUUUUUUUUAUUUCUCAUUUUCCUUUUCAUUGUGAAUGACAAUUGAACUCUGACCCAUCGUUGACAAGUUUUGUAUCGUGAGCGAGUUUUAUCCACUUUUGUAAUUGACAGGUUGGGUAAAUUGUGAAUUUUUUAAAACUGGGUCGACCCGGUCAAAGCGAGUUGAACGCAUUGUUGAGAGUUUUGGGUCAUGAGCGAGUUUUAUUCGCUUUAGUAUUUUUUUUUUAUAAUUUUCCUUUUGGUCGAGAAUGACAAUUGAGUUCAAACGCAUGGGUAUACAACCUAAUUCGACCCGACCAAAGCGACUUGAACCCGAUUUUACAGGUUCUCGGUGCGAGCAAGUUUUAUUUGUUUUUGUAAUGGUCGUGUUGUGUCAGGUGUGAGUUUGUCCAAAACUCGGUCCAAUCAGGUCAAAGCGAGUUGAACCCGGUGUUGAUGAGUUUUGAGUCGGUAGCGAGUUUUGAGUCGGUAGCGAGUUUUAGUUGUAGUGUUUUUUAUUUCGCUUUUUCCUUUUGUUUGAGAAAGACAAUUGAACCCAAAUCCAUGGGUAUCUAACCUAAUUUGACCUGAUCAAUGCGAGUUGAACCUUCUCAAACCAGCAAUCAGUUAAAAAUUUUCAUAAAUGAGAACCACGAUU